AGAAUCCCCAGACCGUCGCAGUAAAUUGACAUUGCCAUCUUGGCCGUGAGGUCGUUCGUUUAGCUCUAAUGUCCUGAAAAAUAAAUGUAACAUUACGAAGUUAGCUAGAACAAUGUCGAGUCUGUCAGGCUUAGUUUGUUUUUUGAGGCGGUCUUGGUUACGCUUGGAAUGGACAAUUAUGCAGACUGUCGGAUUUGACAGACAGAUGGCUCCAGCAUUAGUGCAAGGUCCAGGACUCCUUCCCCUGCCUCUGCCUGAGAAUGAGCACCAACAGCAUCAGGAACACAGCUUCCUAGAUAACAUCUUUUGGAUGGCUGCCCCCAAGAAGAGACGAACCAUUGAAGUGAACCGCUGCAGAAGGCGAAACCCUAAUAACCUCAUUGAAGUUAAGACUAACAUCGUGCCCUGCCCUGAGUGUGGACACCUGAAGAUGAAGCACAUGCUGUGUGGGUUCUGCUAUGAGAAGGUGCGGAGGGAGACGGCAGUGAUCCGGCGUCAGAUACAGGCCACGGAGGGCGGGCCCCUCAAAACCCCCGCGGUGCCGAGGGUCGUGGUCUACCAGGGCGAAACGCCGCAAGAGGGCGACGAGGGAAAGCAAAUCAUCGAACGGAACCGGAAGCGGCCUUCCUGGCUCACACCAACCUGAUCUUGUAAAUUACUCCAUAGCACUGUUUUACUUUUUUGUAUACCGCAGGUAAUUAAAUAUGUGUCGGCACAGUAUGAGUGUGUGUGCAAUUGUGGGUGUGCAGUCUCUUUGGCAAACCACACAGCUUUUCUUUAGAUCAUUACAGAAGGCUAAAGUAUGAGUAGAGUAUGGUGUCUCCCGCAAGACAAAUUAAAACAAUAAAAUGCCCUGUCAAAUGAAAAUAAGUCAUAAAAUACUCUGGCAGGUUGAAUGGCAAUAUUCCUGUACCAAAGCUUCAUCAGUAAUUCCAGGGUGGAAAAUGGGCAAAUAAUAUAGUUAGUCAUGGGAUUCCCAUGGAUAUUUACAGUGAAAGUCCUGCAAGAAACUUUUUCAAUCGUAGAUCGCUCAAUGACGAUAAAUUUGGAGUCAACAGGGAGUGAGAUUCAAUGGGAGAAAUGCGGCCCUGCCAAAAUUCAUAUCUGAAAAUGUAAAUGUAGGCUAUAUUGCUUUUAUCAUCUGUUGCCGUGAGCUGAGCCUUAAUAGACUACCCAAACUAUUAGCUAGGAAUAGUAAUUCCUCUUUAAUUAUCUUGCACACCGAGGCUAAUGUUAGGCAUAUAAAACUGCCAUGAGCACACAAUACCAUUUCUCGGGGGAAGGCAAUACCUCUGAAUGUUUGAGUCUUUUAGUCUUAAUUAAAAUUAAA